AUAGUAAAUAGUGUCAAAAGUUGAAAGUACAAAGGCUAACUUCCGCUAAAUCGGCCUAGGUGGUCGGCCAACUCAUUAGUCAUUAGUAGACAUUAGUCAAAAGGGCCAAAAAUCAGCAGUAGAACGAUUUAAAAAAUUUUGAGAGCCAAUUUCUUUUCAAGACCGUGUUUUUUCGAGUCAAACCCGAUUUGUGACCGACUGGCCGCACCGUACUCAGGUCGCGGUUUCCCGAUCACUGGCUUAGGGCGUGACAAUUUAUCCAAAAAAAGUAAUAAUGGGCAAAAGUAACUAAAAAUAAAAUGAGUCAAAAUCACUAGCUAAAUGAAAUUAAUUUAAAUAAUUAAUUUAAUUAACUCUUGCCACUUGUCCUUACUGUAAGAGAAGUAGAAGAGUAAGCCUUACACUUACUCUUCUACUUCUACCUAAAAAGGCUUAAUUCUUCUCUUCAUAAACUACUACUAGUAACUAGCAUCAAAAUAGGUAACAAUAGUCUAUAGUAAUAAUAGUAAUAAUAGUUAAUAUUAAUAGGCAUAGGCCUAUAAAUUAUUAACUAUAAACUAUAAUUAAGUAUCAAGUAUAACUUUUUUUUCAUCUUUAAUUUUCUAUGAUGAGAAAAACUAGAAAUUAAUUUGAUUACCGGUACUGGUACCUGUAUUUCAUUUAUUUGUUUCUGAUCAUUAUAAUCUUAUGAUAGUCUUUACUUGAAAAUUAAUGACAUUUAUGUUUUAGAAUAUGAUUUUUUAUAUAGGUUAUAUCAAUAAGCAAUUUUAAACAUCAUUGAAUUCAUUGGCUUCAUCCAGGAUCUCUUGUCCCAUCCCUGCCUCUGCAUUAAUUUCAUUGAAGUAUUGAAGCAUUGCUUUGGUCAGACCCUCCAUUGCAUUAGCCAGUCCACCAAUGACGCCUGUCUAAACUUCUAUGUGACAUAAUAUUAAAAAAUAAUGGACAUCUUUAACAUUGAAUCGCCUGCUGCUGUUUUUGCUGCAGUUACUGCAGGUGCAGUAUUAAAGUAUGUGGCAGGUUACUGGAUUCUUAGAAAUACUAAUAAAGUCCAGUGGCGUCAAGUUGGAACAGUUGGGGCUAUCUGGAUCUAUCCAAUUAAGUCGUUUAGAGGUAUCAGCAUUCAUGAAGCGGAUUGCACAUAUUUAGGCUUACGAUGGAGACAGCUCACUGAUAGGUUAGUAAAUUUUUGUUCAUAUUCAUAUCUUUAUCUGCAUUAAUUCCAAUCUGCUUAGUCAAAAGCUUUUUCAGAAAGUAAAAAAUAUUUUUUAAUGUUAAGGUGUAUCAUGAAGUAUGAUGUGUAUUUGUUUUAGGGACCUAAGCUUAUUGAUUUAUUGGUGAUUUAUAAAAGCUUAGAGAUUUGACUUUUCCUAUUUUCAGAGAAAUUUCUAACUUUCCUCAGGACAAUAUUGGCAUUAUUUAAGUUGAUUUCAGUCCUAGAUAGCAAAAAAAUGUUCAAAUAUUUUGUAUUAAUGCUACAAUUUCAGGCACUUUACAGUUGCCACAGCAGAUGGGGUUUAUUUGACUCAAAGACAAGAGCCUACCAUGGCUCUUAUUACUCCUAUUUUGAAUGGAAAUGAUAUCCAGUUAAUGGCACCUGGCAUGGAUCCUAUUGGAGUUCCAGUUCAUCAAGAUGUGACUGAAUAUAACAUCAGCAAAGUAACGUAAGUAAUCAUGAGCAGUAAGAAAUCUUCAACAAAUUAAUAAUUUUUUUAAUGAUAUUUCGUCACAUUUCUAAUGAAAUUUUUGCAAUCUAUACCAUUCAAUGUGAGACUAGUUGUGUUCAUUUGUACAAAAAAUUUUGCAGAAUCAAAACAGAUACAGUGCCCUCAGUUGACUGUGGGGAUGAUGUUUCUAACUGGCUUUGUCGAUACUUCAAGCGUGAAGGCUUGCGCCUACAUUAUUCUGCACCUUCUUUGGAAAAAAGAGAUUGUUAUAAAGCAAAGAAAAUGUGGCAACAUCCAGCCAAACCUGGAGACAUGGUAUGAAACAAUAAGCUUCUAAAGUUGUAUUCUUUCAAUAAAUUUUAUAAAACAAUUAGGUUAUAUGUAUUCUUUUAAUACAUUGUAUAAAAUAAUUCUUUCUAGAGAGAAUUAUGUCAGGUGCUCUCGAAGCGCACAAAGGGACAGUCAGCAUUGGUGGCAGAACAAUCACCAACCUACGCUUUGCGGAUGACAUAGAACAAAGAAGAGCUAGCCAACCUGGUAAAGCGUCUCAACAAGACCUCGUCGUCCUACAGCAUAACACCACAGGCAUCACCACUGAAAUAAAGGUCAGGGAGGAAAGACUAGAGACUGUAGGCCGCUUCAAAUACUUAGGAGCAAUAGUCUCAGAAGAAGGCUCCAAGCCCGAACUGAUGUCCAGGAUUGCGCAGACUACAACAGCACUAAAGAGGCUCAAGAAAAUAUGGAGUGACAAAAAUAUAGCGCCCAGCACCAAAAUCAGGCUGGUGCGCUCAUUAGUCCUCUCCAUUUUCCUGUAUGCCUGUGAAUCCUGGACAUUAACAGCAGAUCUUGAAAGGAAAAUAUAUGCGAUGGAGAUAAGAUGCUUCAGAAGCAUUUUUGGCAUCUGCUAUAGGGAUCAUAUCUCCAAUGAUACAGUGAAAGAAAGGGUUUGCCAGGCAAUUGGGGAGUACGAUGACCUACUGGUGAUUGUGAAAAAAUGCAAACUACAAUGGUGUGGUCACGUAACAAGGAAACAAGGGCUUGCCAAAGAAAUAUUGCUGGGCACCACAAGAGGAGGGAGAAGAAGAGGAAGACAAAGAAAAAGGUGGGAGGAUAACAUCAAAGAGUGGACAGGACUAACACUGGGCGAUGCUGUGCGUAGUGCAGAAGACAGAGACGAAUGGAGGAGGAUGGUUCACAUGUCAUUUUUGGCGCCCCAACGGUCCAAGGACUAAGGGACAUGAUGAUGAUAAAAUAAUUACUGGUAGCUUCUAAAAUAAAUUAAUUUAAUAUAUGGUGAAGGAUGAUUAGCUUAUUAAUAAAUUCUGUCAAAAUGGAAAUAUAAUAAAAGUAGAGAUGCCCUUAUAAUAGUGGGGUACGUAAUGAAAGGGGAGAGGGGUUUGUCAAGUUUGCUUAAACUUAAACAUACAUAUGGCAGUAGGGAGUGGGGGGGGGGGUUGUCCUGGUACUUUUAUUCACAAAUUUUGAAAUAAUUUCACUGAAACUCUAUCACUUGUGCAUGCAUUAGAAAUUAUUUAUGAGUUGUUCUGUAUGCUCAGUCUGUUUAUAAACAUGACAUUUAUAAUAUUAUCACAAGAAAUAAUGCUUUCAUUCAAAUGUCCAGAAUUUAAAAGUUAAAUCGCUAGCUGUUGUUGAGCUGUAAAUUGAUAAAAAUUUUCACACAAGUCGUGACAUUUGUUUAAAUUUAAGCUUUCCCUUUUUUUCUAACACAGUGUGCCUUCUCAGACUACUGUGGCUACAUGGUAUUUUCAAUGACAUCAUUAGCAGAUCUGAACAGUCGACUUGAAAAACCUGUACCGGUCACAAAUUUUAGAGCCAACAUUAUUGUUGAUGGAUCUUCUGCCUAUUCAGAGGUAAUGGAUAAUUGCAUUGAUCAUUGCUAAUGUAGACAUGUUUAAUCUAAAUGUGGGCACAUAGAUGUAUAUCAAUGAUAUUUACUGGUCGUCAUAUAUGUUUUAUAAUUUAUACACGAAGAAGCAAUACAUUUCAUGUUUAACUUAUACUUCUAACUUCUACUCUACUCUAGUAUUACUAUGGCACAUGCUUUCAAUCAUCAUCAUCAAUGGCACUACAGCCCAUGUAGGGCCCUGGCCUGCUCCACCACAUCCUUCCAUUCGGAGCGAUCCAUGGCUUUCCGUCUCCAUGCUCGAACCCCCAACUGGUGUAAAUCUGUCUCCUCAUCAUCAAUCCACCUCAUCCUUGAGCGACGGAUGAGUCGUCUGCCCCUAGGCUUCUGCCUGUAUAUAAUUUUGGCUUCUCUGCAUUCCGGCAUCCUUUCAACAUGACCUGCCCAGCGUAUUCUGCCUUUUUUUAUCAUUAUGACUAUGGGUGGUUCUUUGUCCAAAUAAUAAAGUUCUUGGUUUGUACAUAUUCUCCAGAUCUCAUUUUCUAUCACUGGUCCGUAUAUUUUGCGGAGGAUUUUCCUCUCCCAUGUGUUGAGCAGGUUCUCUGCUUUUCUGGUGAGGGUCCAGGUCUCUCUAGCGUACGUUACUACAGGUCUUAUGAUGGUGGUGUAUAUUGUCUUCUUUGUUUCUGAUAGGUUUUUGUUUCCCAGUAGCUUUCGUAGACUGAAAUAGGAAUGGUUGCCUGCUGUUAUCCUUUCUUUCACCUCUGACAUUAUCUCAUUGUGCUCAUUUAUAGUUGCCCCUAGAUAUUUGAAUGUGGCCACUCUCUCAAAUUUGUGGUUGUUUAUAUUGAUGUUAUUAUCAGCAUGGGAGUUUCUUGACAUUAUCAUAUAUUUUGUCUUCGGUUCAUUUAUAUCAAGGCCAGCUUUGAAUGAGGCAUUUUCAAGUUCCCUGAAUGCUUUAAUUAUGUCAUUACGGUUUCUACCCAGUAGUGCUAUAUCAUCUGCAUAUGCCAGGUUGACGUUACCAACCGAUAUAUUGGUUCCUGAUGGUCGUUGCUCUGUAGUAUCUCUCUGGAAAUAGUUUGUUAUGGUUCCACUGGUGCUAAUGUGAAUGCUUCUAAUAACUUUUUCUAGCGUGAUGUUAAACAGGAUACAUGAUAGUGAGUCUCCUUGUCUGAGGCCCCGAUUAACUAUGAACUCCCUAGAAUAUUCUCCCUGAACCUUGAUUCUGCUUUUGGAGUUGGCCAUUGUCAUGUGUAUGAGCCGAGUAAGCUUGUUAGGGACUCCAAGUUCUUGUAAAGCAUUGUGUAAGUAAUUCCUGUUAACGCUAUCGUAUGCUGUUUUGUAAUCAACAUAUAGUUGGUGUAUGUCGAUGUUAUAUUCGUAGCAUUUCUCCAGGAGACAUCUUAUAGUAAAAAUAUGAUCCGUGGUUGACCUAUUCUGCCGGAAUCCACAUUGAUAGUCCCCUAGAAUCUGUUCACUAUACUUUUCCAAUUUUCUUGCUAUAAGUUUUGUGAGGAUUUUGUACAUUACAUUAAGAAGGGAGAUACCUCUAUAGUUUGAGCAUAUCAACUUAGAUCCCUUUUUGUGGAUUGGGAUUAUGAGUGCCGUGUCCCAUUCAGUUUGCAUUUCUUCCUCCUGCCAGAUUCUGGUUAUAAGUUCGUGUAUUUGCCUAUGCAGUUCGCUACCACCUAGCUUUAUGAGUUCUGCAGGGAUAAGGUCUAUUCCUGGGGCUUUGUUAUUUUUCAUGGUGGAGAUUACAUCUUUUAUUUCAUUUAAAGUUGGUUGGUGUUGGUUGGUUGACCAGUGGGUCCGGUCCUCCUUGUGGCGGGGCGUAAUCCUCAUUGGUUCCUCCACCUGAGCCAUUCAGUAAGCCUUCAAAGUGUUGUGCCCAUCUCUCUAGUACUCUACUGCUCUCUGUGAUCAAUUCUCCAUCCGUGCUUUCACACAUGUGUGAUCUUGCUUGAAAGCCAUUCUUUUCCUGCUUUAUCUUCAGGUACAUUCCCCUCACAUCUCUUUCUUUUGCCAACUCUUCUAUCUCUACUAUUUUUUAUUUUUCCCAAACACGUUUUUUCUUUCUGCACAUUUUGCUGGCCACCCUUCUUGCUUUAUUAUAUAAUUGUCGUGUUCUUCUUGUUUCCCUUUACAGCAUCAUUAGCCGAGCUUUGUUUCUUUGUUCUAUAAGUUCUUUGCAUUCUGCGUCAUACCAUCCUGUUCUUUUCACUGCUGGUUUAAAUCCAAUCGUUUCCUCUGUUACACUAGUGACUAUUUGCUUCAUCUUUUCCCAUUGCUGGUUUAUAUCAACGUUGCUGGCUGAUUCUCUUUUGGAUAAUUCUAGUAGCGUUUCAAUCUUCUGUUGAUAUUCCUCAGUAAUUUUUGGGUCCCUACCUAGUUUCUGACUAUUGUACUGUUUUUCUCUUUUAUUUUGUUUAUUGUGGAUGUUACAAAUUCUUUGCUUAUAUUUGAUUCUAACAAGCAUGUGGUCUGAGUCUAUGUCCGCCCCUCUACAACUUUUCACAUCUGAUAUGUCAGAGCCAUGCCUCACAUGCUUUCAAUAGGCAAACAUUUUUUUCAUUUAACUCUCAAGGAUUUCUGGAGUUCCAUAAAAAUUUGUGAUGCUGAGUUGAGGGCAUUGGAUGCCUGCACAAGAUGUCUUCUAACCACUGUUGAUCAGUCAACUGGAGUCAAAGACUCCAAAGAAGAACCUUUAUCUACUCUAAAAACGUAAUUUUGAUUUUAUAAUAUUUUAAAAUAUUUAACAGUUUAAAAGAUUUUUGUGAGCACCAUUUGUUAAACAUUGUGUUCAUUAUUAGUGGGACAUAGAAACAGGUGUGUAUUAGUGGGGCCAUAGACAUAGGUGUUUAUUGAUGGGGGUCAUACGCAUAGGGAUUUAUUUGUGGGCUUCAUUCAGACUUAAGAAAUAGUUUUUAUUUUUAAUUCCAUAACUUUCUAUUCCAUAACUUUCUAUUCCAUAACUUUCUAUUCCAUAACUUUCUAUUCCAUAACUUUCUAUGUGACGAGCGACAAUAUAAUUAUAAUGAUUAUAUUUUUUUGUAAAAAAUGCAAUAAAUAUAAUAAAGUAAAGUUUCAGUAUUGGUACUUAUUAAAAAAUAAUAUUUUAGCAAAGGAUAAAUUAAAAUUUUUAAUUUAAUUUGAUAAAAAAUAAUAAAUGCAUAACUUAUGAAUGAAUUUUUGUUAUGAAUUAAUUUUUUUUUAACGUCGAUUGGUCUCUCUCUAGUUUAAUGUUUUACAUUAAGUUUAAUUAAUUAAUUUUUUAUUAUUGUUUUGUUUUUCCAGCUAUAGACUCAAAGAACCUUAUGGUCAAAAGCCUUGCUUUGGGAUAAACUUUACCCUAGACAAACCAGGAAAGAUCAAAGUUGGUGAUCCCAUAUAUGCAUUAUCCCAGUAAACAUAAAAGCACUGAGGUGAUAUGACUACUUUCUGUCUGAUUCGUCUUUACAAUUACAACUGUUAAAUUCAUUAAUGGUACCAGUAGUGUUGUUAGUGUACUUUUUAUUAAUGUUUGAACUGAAAGAUUCUGAGGUUAUAAACCUACUGUUAUCAGAUGUAGUGGACCACUUAUCCAAAGUCACUUAUAGCAAACAUUGUUUAAUGGAGAAAAAAAAACUGUCAAUUAAAUAAUUUUUGUUUGUUUGUUUACAAAUCGCUUGUCUACUACCUACUAAGUUGUUCAAAAAUCAAUAAAGACAAAUGCAAUAUUCUUUAUUGCAGAUGAUAAAAGGAAGUACAUGUUAAUGUGUCUUUGCCCAGUGAAUUAAGCUCUCUUCACCUCAAAGCAAUAAAAUUGUUAUUUUCAAAAUAAUUUGUUGGUAAUCCAAUGUUUAUCCCAAAGGCUGCUAUUGCAAUAACUCACCGCAAAUUUAUACAAUGUUUUAUCUCAUUUAUAAUGUUGUGGUCUUUUACUAUUAUGAUUGAAAUAAUUUACUGUAAUACCAAAAGAACAUGCUGAAGAUGUGAUUUUGAAAUAUCUUUAUUUUAACCCAGAUGUAGAAGAUUGUACAGUUAGAUCUAUGUAUUUUUUAUACAUUGAGAGUCAACAGAAUAAAAUGAUUAUUUUUUUUUCGUAUCAAAUAAAAGGUCAAUUUUUGAUGAACAAGGGCAAUUUACAAUUUUUAAAAAAAUUUAUUGUUAACUUACGUUAUUACAAUAUGUUGUGUGAUCCACUGAGUUAGAUCAGUCAGAGAAAA